ACUCUAAUCAGGGUUUUGGUGGGUCUCCUUUUAGUUCAUUUACACCUCUCCAAGUUUUAUGCAAGACACCACCCUUUUUGUCAUCCCCUUGUCAAUAUUUUGGGCUCCAGCUCUCCUUCCCUCCCUGCAGUUGUUGCAAAGCUAUAUCGAUUUGUAACUGCAACAGGCUUGGCACCCGACUCUCUGUAGUUCUUCCCUUGGGAAAAAAAGACGAAGUCUUUUAGUUGCAUUCCAUGCUGCAAAUAUUUGAUUGAGACUUGGCCUUCUUUGCCCAUGAUUUGUUGUUCCCGCUGAUUCACAAAAAAACAUGAAGUUUAUAGCGCUUGCCAGAUCAGUUUGUGCACGUCAUCCUGCUCUCCGUGAAGUAACUGGACCUUUGCAGGUUCGUUAUUUCCAGCAUGAUUUUGUUCCUAGGGAUCCCAAGACCAAGCCUAAAAAGUACAAGUAUCCGCAGUACUAUGAUCCAUAUGGACCUAGACCUCCACCCUCAGAAAAGAUCAUUGAAAUUGCUGAGCGCAUUGCAGCCUUACCCCCUGAAGAGCGAUCCCAAAUUGGUUCUGCUCUUGGGUACAAACUAAAGCAUCCAAAACUGCAGCCAAUUUCAACAGAGGGCAUGGACCUGGGUUCCCAGGGAGGAGAGGCUGCUGCCGGUGCUGCGAAGGUUGAAGAAAAGAAGGAGAAAACAGCCUUUGAUGUGAAGUUGGAGAAGUUCGACGCAGCAGCAAAAAUUAAGGUGAUUAAAGAAGUCAGAGCUUUUACUAAUUUGGGAUUGAAGGAGGCCAAAGACCUGGUUGAGAAGGUUCCUUGUGUGCUUAAACAAGGCGUCACUAAAGAUGAAGCAAAUGGCAUAAUAGAGAAGAUAAAAGCUGCUGGAGGAGUUGCAGUUAUGGAGUGAUAGCUUAAGGUUUCUUGUAGUUUUGUUUCUUGAAUCUCUUUGAAGAGGUUGGUUUACUGCGUGGAAGCAGGAGCAGAAUACCAACUCACCACAUAACAGAAUGGUAUUUGAUUUUGUGGAUGGAUCGCAAUCGUUAUCAUAGACAUGCAUGAAUAAUUAGUCUCAA